GGUCGAUUUCUGCCUGAUGGGAGACCGUUUCCGGGAGUAUCUCAGUUGGUACUUCCCGGAACUUUGGGUCGUCUGCACUAGCCACGGGACCCGUUCGAAGGCCGGCGGUCUUACCCUUACAAGCGCCGGAAGAGCAUCCUGGAGCUUGGAAUUUCAACUCUGCAGCUCUCUCGAAAAGGAAUUCAAUCGAUACAACACGGCCGUGGAGAAUCUCAAAGAAUGGGUUCUUGCCACCAAGAUCGGGAGUACCCAGGGUGCCCAGAGAAUGACAGACGCUCGAGAGGAGUAUCUUGAAGCCGCUGCGACUCUCCACAAGAUGCCUGAGGACUUCAAUGCCUGGAUCUCACGUUGGGAUGGCCUCGCAUCGUACGCGGGUCGAGGGCGCAAAGCGAUGGAAGCGCCGAUGGCGAAUGAAAGCGCCCACGCGUCGAGCGUGGAGCGUAGCAGCAGCGAGAGCGUAACGAAGAAGCAAAUCGACAGUGAACGAGCGAGCUUCGAAGAGAAGAUUACCAACUUGGUCCCUCCCGAGAAGAUCGAGGUUAUGGGGGUUUUAAUGGAGCGCUGGUAG